AUGGUUAAGUUAAUUUUGGUGCGUCACGGUCAGAGUGACUGGAAUGAAAAGAACCUCUUCACCGGAUGGGUCGAUGUCAGAUUGUCUCCAACUGGAGAGAAGGAGGCAGCCAGAGCCGGUGAAUUGUUGAAGGAGAAGAACAUUCACCCUGACAUUCUGUACACAUCCAAGCUGAGCAGAGCCAUCCAAACCGCCAACAUCGCUUUGGACAAGGCCGACAGAUUGUCCAUUCCCGUCGUGAGAUCCUGGAGAUUGAACGAGAGACACUACGGUGCUCUUCAAGGAAAGGACAAGGCUGAGACCUUGGAGAAGUACGGAGCUGAGAAGUUCCAGACCUGGAGACGUUCUUUUGACAUUCCUCCACCUGAGAUUGAGGAUGAUUCUGAGUUCUCCCAAGCCAACGAUGAGAGAUACAACGACGUUGAUCCAAACGUUUUGCCAAAGACUGAGUCAUUGGCCCUUGUCAUUGACAGAUUGUUGCCAUACUGGCAAGAUACCAUUGCCAAGUCUCUUCUGGAGGGUAAGGACGUCAUGAUCGCUGCCCACGGUAACUCCCUUAGAGCUUUGGUUAAGCAUUUGGACAAGAUUUCUGAUGCUGAUAUUGCUGGUUUGAACAUCCCAACCGGUAUUCCAUUGGUCUACGAGUUGGACGAGCGUUUGAACAAGACCAAGGAAGCUUACUACUUGGAUCCAAAGGCUGCUGAGGAGGGAGCCAAGAAGGUUGCUGCUCAAGGCCAAAAGAAAUAG